AUGAGUACCCAGCACUUCGCUCCAGGCAGCAUGGUUUGUGCCGACGCGGGCAUUGAAUUCACCGAGGACAAUCAACUUGUCCGCCUUGUCCGCCAAGAGGGCGUGCAGGUCCUCCUAGAAUUUGUCUAUUGCGGCGGCCUCGGGGCUGGCAAUCGGAUGAUAGUAGGCGCUGAUGAUGGUGGCGAAUUUGCCCCCACCCCGGAGAGGUCGACGGAGGCUCAUCAGGCGAUCGUUGAUUCCCUUCGGCAGGCUGGGCAGUCCUCGCACGAUGUCGUUCCGGAUGGCUCUGCCUAG